AUGUCGUUCACCAACCCUCAACCUCCAUAUCCGCUUCACGAGUCGGUCAAGGAUAGGCUUCACCCUGAAUAUGUCAAGUUCUACAAUGAACACAUUAUCAAUUCUCAACAGGUGCAUUUUCAGCCUGUAUCAGCGUCUCGGGUAGGAGGCAAGCUCAUCCCAGGCGGUGGAGAUCCCUUACCGGUCGGAAAGACGCAGGACAUUGCUCUCAAGCGACAAGCAAUCGACGGUCCGGAUGUUCAAAUCAGAUGCUUCACGCCGGAGGGCGAACCACCCCAGAAGGGCUGGCCAGUCAUGAUCUACUAUCAUGGCGGCGGCUGGGUAUUGGGUAAUAUCAACACCGAGAACACCGUAUGCACAAACCUGUGUGCUCGAGCCAAAUAUGUGGUCAUCACCACAGAUUACCGACUCGCACCAGAACACCCGUGGCCCGCAGCAGUGCAUGACUCCUGGGAAACCGUCUUGUGGGUGUUUGGUGAGGGACAAUCAACUCUGUCGCUGGAUCUGUCGAACGUCGCCAUUGGUGGUUCUUCAGCUGGUGGUAACCUAGCCGCGAUCAUGACGAACAAAGCAUUAGCAUGUACCAGCAUCAAAUUCACAACCCAGCUUCUGGUGGUUCCGGUCACAGACAACACAGCGAGUGUGAAGUCAAACCCAACAUAUAAAAGCAAUGAGCUCACCGCAGCACUUCCAGCAGACAAGAUGCUUUGGUACAGGCGGCAUUACCUGCCAGACGAGAAGGAUUGGUCCAACCCGGAGGCGUCUCCGCUCUUGUAUCCUGCUGAGAAUUUCUCCAAGCUACCGCCAGCUGUGGUCUUGGUUGGAGAACUUGAUGUCUUGAAGCAUGAGGGCGAGGAAUAUGCCAGGAAGUUAAGGGACGCUGGUGUCGAUGCAGUUGUGCACGUCAUGGAAGGAAUGCCGCACCCCUUCUUGGCAAUGGAUGCAGUCCUUGAGGCUGGAAAGACUGCGAUCAUUAUUUUGUGCCAAAGUCUGGAGAAGGCUGUCUCAAAGUCAUGA